AUGGACCGUUCUUCUAAGCGUCCCUUUAAAAAGGGUAUGUCUGUAUCUUCGUCUACCAACAGGAAGGGUACUUCUCCUGAUACGGCCCCUGGUUCAGGUUCAGUCGUCGGCAAGAAUUUGCAGGUGUCUGGUGAUUCCGCUGAAAACAAGCGUGGUAAUAGGGGUCGUGGUAAUUGGAAAUCCAAUUAUGGUGAAUCUCGUGAAAAAUCUGUAUCUGCUCACGAUUCUAGACCCAUGAAGUUUGUUGUUGACGAUAAUCAAUUUUUGAAGUCAUCAGAAGUUGAUUCUCAUAGUAAGCCUGUGGAUAUUUGUUCUCGGUCUCUGGACGGUGGCGAGAAUAUCCACGUUAGGCCUGAUGAUACAAGAGUGGACGAGGGUCGUAGCUGGGAGCGGGGUCCCAGGGACCCUGAACUGACCAAUCGUCAUCGUGCACCAAAUUCAUCUAAAUCCGGCUCUAUUAACUUCACGGAUAAUGUGGAUGAGCCCAGGGAUCUUGAAAACGAUGUUUCACUACAUGAUUGUGAUACUGACUCUCGUCCAAGUGUAACUACAGCGGUUGAUACCAACCAAGGUAACGACCCGCAGCUAUCACAUUCAAGUCAGGGCCCAUCUGUUAACGGUGACUCUGCCGGUAGGGUAUCAUCUGAGAACGUUUUACCUGAACCCCGUGAACCUAGGGAACCUAGGGAUCACAGGGAGCCCAGGGAACAUAGGGAUCACAGGGACCUUAGGGAGCCUCGGGAACCUAGGGAACCUAAGGAACCCAGGGAGCCCAGGGAACCCAGGGCACCUCGUUCUGGUCCCGCACCUCGUUACGGAAAGCAUAGCAAGGGGUUCACUCACCGUGGACCCAAGGGUAACCAGUCUUCUGAGGACCGUGUUUCUCAAAACGAGAAGGCUAUGCAUUUUCCAAAGCGUGUUGAUGUUGGUUCUGAUAAUUCAUCUAUGGAAUUAUCUGGUCGUCGUGUUGCUAGGGAGCCCGAUGCUGAGCGUCUUUCUCGUCAAGAUCCAAAGGGUGACAGGCAUGGUGAAAUGAGUCCAUCUGGUGAUGUUAUGUAUACAUCUCCCGGUCACCACAAGCGUCGUACUUCUCCCAGGUACUCUCCCGAUGCUAAUGGAACUCCUCUUUCUUACACCAUGGCUGGUACUGAUGGUAACGUGCUACGUUAUGACCAAUCAAAUCGUGCACUGGAGGUUGAUUACAACCAUUUCCAGAUGCAGGGUCGUGGUCAGAUGAACAGUGGUGUUGCGAUGCCAUGUUACCCUAGUAAUUACCCAGUCCCCGGUAUUGCGAUGCAUGGCAUUAUCCAGGGUGUCCCUGGUAUGCCUGUAGGUCAAUACAUGGGUAACCGUUGGGUUGGUACUCCUUCACCUCAUACCCCGACCUACGUUGCUCCUGGUCUGGUAACAUCUGUUCCAGGGCCUUUGUUUGUACCUCCUGUGCAGUCAGUGCCCAGUGGUCACCGUGUGACACCGGUGCAAGCUCGUAAGAGUUCUGCAUUUCAGAUUCGCAACCCCGAGACUGGCGAGGUUUUGAAUACCGAAGCGAAGGCUCCAAGUGUAGCUAAGCCGAAACCUUCUGUUCCAGCCGCUACUUCUGGUGAAGGACCUAUGCAAUCAUCUGGUGAGCGUAAUUUGAUUGCUUCUGCACCAGGUACCGCCGUUGGUGUUUCACCUGUUGAAGAUCCAGCAGAAUUGGCACCAUUAUCUGUACCUAUGAUGGUUCCUCCAAUGGCUAUAUCUCAGCCUGUUGGUCAGGCUUGUCCGGGUGUCUAUUCCAAGAUUUACCCGCAGGCUGGAGCUACGGGUUAUGUCCCCGUGACCCCUGUGAUGUACACUCACGCAGCAGCUACCCCUAUAACCCCUGGACGUAUGGAUGAUGAUGUAACUCUUGAUGAUGGUCGUGACCAGCGUUCUGGUGGUACAUCUCAGAUGAUGGCAUCAGCGAGUUUAUCUCCUGCUGCCGGUUCUGGUAUGAUCCCCGUCAUCACCUUAUCUCCUAUGGUUACUGAGCGUACAUCGCGUACUGGAAAGUACCGUGUGGUUAACAAGGCUGUGGAGUCGAACGAUCUUGCUGUAGCGCUCGCUGUUCGUCAUCCUCUAUGUGAUUAUGCAGUUCGGGCCGCUGUCCGUACUCGUAUUACUAAUCGUAGAGUUGACAAUACUGAUUAUGGCUACAUCGAUUCUGGUUCAUCUCCUGUUCCUGAUGUGCCGGUGCCCUAUUCUUCCAGUUCUCCUACAAGGACUGCUACACCUACUGAGGAAGACAUCAAAACGGAAUAUGACUGUGAUACGAUUUUACUUCCCCCAUCUUCUAAAGACGAUGAAGUUGAAUCAUUCGAGCCAAUUUCCGAUACUGCUACACACGAUGCUGAGUCUCCAGAGGUGGCUGAAGAGAGUGGUGCUGUUACAAUUGAUAGUGAAUUGGAGUAUGUGACUGAGUUACCUGAAGAGAUACCCGUUAAUGAGCUGGAUCCUGUUGAGGUGGUUGAGGAAUCUGAUGUUGUCCCUGAGGAGUUUGAAAAACCUGAUGAGGCAACAUCUGAGGAAGUUGAGGAGGAGUGUGUAAAGGGUCCAGUGAAGGAAGUGAAGAGUGCUCCAGACUCUCCUAAGGUAUUACCAGACCCCUUUAUACUUGAUCCUAUGGAGCUUCAAUCGGCUCCUAUUGUUGGUCUUACUGUUGAUUCAUCAUUUCCUCGUGAUGAUCCUCAUUUUUCUCCGGUAUACACCAUAGAGACGAUUUUGAGUCAUGGUUUUGCUUCAAAAGCUAAUGUGCGUGGUAAAUCUUUAGGUUUUAAGCUUGUUCCCAUCGGUGGUCAUUCUGACAGUGGUCUUCGUGAUUUACGUGAGCCUCGUGAAUCUCGUGGUCGUAAUUACACUACUCAUUCAUUUUCCGGUACGCCUCAAGCAUCUUCUUCUAGUUCCAGUGGUUCAGCGCACCGUAAUCGUUUGUUUGAGCGUAGCAAGGUGGAUACUAAAUGGCGUCGUGAGGUGAAAGCUGAGCCUCCUCGUGUAUCACCUUUUAAGAAAGCAGACAUAAGUCGUGAGGAGCAGUUUAAGCGUACAGUUCGUAGUUUAUUGAACAAAUUGACGGUUGAGAAGUUCCUUACAGUUGCUGAGAAUUUGGCUGUGAUUUACGAGAACUUGACAAUUGAGGAUGAUGUGAUUGCUAUGGUUGACCUUGUAUUGGACAAGUCUGUAUCGGAACUAGAUUACAGUGAUGUGUAUGCUGAUUUGUCAUUUUUGUUGAAAUAUCGUUUCAACAGUAACUUUGACGUCGGUUUCAAGAGUACUUUAUUCUACCGUGUUUUGUUGAAUAAAUGUCAGGAUUCUUUUGAGGCGUUGAGUAACGUUGCGAUGACUGCAUCUCUUUUAUCUUCUUCUGAGGAUUUGAAGGAUGAUGCUGUUGAGUGUGAGAAGGAUGAUUCUGCUGUUGACGUUGAUGAUUCAGAGUGUUCUAGUUCAGUGAAGGUUCCUCGUAACCGUACAAAGAAAUGGGUAUUGGGUAACAUUCGUUUUAUGGGUGAGUUAUUUUUGCGUAAGAUUUUAUCUGUUGGUAUUUUGAAGCGUAUAGCUCGUACUUUGCUUCAAAUGGACGCAGAGGGUUCUCGUAUCCCUUGUGAGUAUUUGGUUGAGAGUUUCCUUGAGCUUAUAACAACGAUUGGUUAUACAUUGGAGCAAUCUGUUCAUGGUCCUGAUAUGUUGAAUGAGUACAUGGGUCAUUUGACUCAUUUGAAGAAGCAUGGUAACUACAGUCUUCGUAUAGUGUACAAGAUCCAGGAUCUUUUUGAUUUACGUUGUAAGAACUGGGUGAAGAAGGUGUUUAAGGAGCGUGCAACAUCUGUUGCGGACAUUCACCUAGAGGCUAAGCAGGAGGAGCUAAAGGGUGGUGCAAUUCACUUGAACCAGGAGGGUAAAUUUACCACUGCAGGUCGUCAAGCUCGUAGGCAUUACACAGACUAUUUGGCUAGUCAGCGUCAGAUAGCGUUUGAGAAGACAGUGAAUGGUUUGUACGUUGCUGCUGCUAGUACACAAGUAGCAUCUUCAUCUGCAGAUGCUGACUCUACGUCUUCUAAAGUGGUUCCUCCAAGGGUAGCUACUACCACUGCUUCUGCUCCUGUUAGUGACUUAUCUUGUGGUGUUACUCCUAAAUCUGCACUUAAAACGGAUAUGGGCAAGAGUAUUAAGCGUAAGACUGGUGAGGUUCGUUUUGCUAUGGAUGUUGUUAGCGAUUCCGUUGCUACUGACCUUAUAGAGGUGUUUUUACAAACUCCGAGUGCGUCUCGUUUCGCUAUUGAGUGGGAGCAAUAUAAUCCAUCUCGUGAGGACAGUUUGGAUGUUGUACGUCGUAUGUUGCACAAGUGCGUGAACGCUCGUAACAUGUCUCAGGCAGAGAGCCAUUGUGAUUUAUUGGCUUGUACUAUCGGUCGUUUAUUGAGUGACAGUGUGACAGCUAUAGAUGCGUUUUCUAUAUUUGAGGAUAGUUGUUUGUUGCGUCUUCAGGACGAGGUUCUUGACAAUCCCGCUGCGGUUUCGUUGUUUUCUCGUAUUUUAAGUCAGAUAUUGGAUGCUUUCGCUGCUAAUCCUGAUAUUACGUUGGAAAAAAUCACGUUGCCAAGUGAUUUCGGUUUAGCUAAAGAUUUAGCACUUCGUGUCUUGGCUGAGAUGAAGCGUAGCACAUCGCAUGUGGAGUAUGCUCGUAAUUUGUUUCGUCGUAGUUUUUCAUCAUUUAAAGAUGAAGACUUAUCGUUUUUGGAUUCUGUGUAG